AUGACCGCCACUCCCUUGAUCCUCUGCGGACACUCCGAGGACCUCGGCAACGUCUUCAAGGAGGUUCUCCAGCCUGACUACGAGGUCGUCCACUUCGUCAGCUCGCCGAAGGCCGGGCUCGUGGAGAUCCCGCUGGUACUCAAGGGCGAGAUCCCGACGCCUGCCGGCGGCGGCGGCGGCGGGGGCAGCCGCGUGGGGACGGGCAACCUAGCGCUGGGCGCGCCGCGGGCCGUGGUGGUCGGCGCGGCGUACGACGACGCGUGGGUGGCGAGCCUGCGCAAGGACGUGGCCGCGGCGGGGCUCAAGGCGGUGCCGGUGCUCAAGCCCGAGGCCGAGGCGCCGUACGGGCUCGCGCCGGCCCCCCGCACCCCCGACGCCGUCCGCAAGGGCGCCGCCCGCGCCGCCCGCGCCCUCCGCCAGCUCGAGGCCGACGGCAAGCUCGACCCCGCCGCCAAGGACGAGCCCGGCGUCUACGUCUACUAG